GUCAAGGUAUUAACUACUAUUUAUUUAUCCAUAAAAUGCACUUUUGAAGAUACUCCUUUUUGCUCUCUCUCUGUGAAAUUCUCUGGUUUUAGUCCUUUUGCAGAUUUCGUUAAGAAUUGAAGAAAACCCUAGUUGAUCUCCUGUAGUAAAAGAAAUGGGUCAGAUCCAAUACUCUGAGAAGUACUUUGAUGAUACUUACGAGUAUAGGCACGUUGUUCUUCCUCCAGAAGUUGCGAAAUUACUCCCUAAGAAUCGGCUUCUCGCUGAGCAUGAAUGGAGAGGGAUUGGUGUGCAACAAAGUCGUGGUUGGGUUCAUUACGCGAUUCAUCGCCCAGAGCCACAUAUUAUGCUUUUCAGGAGGCCGUUGAAUUACCAACAACAGCAGGAAGCCCAGGCUGCGCAAAUUGUUGCUUAAUCAGAAAUGUUAUGUUCAGUUCCUUUCACCUAGAAAGGAAACAAGAAUUCGAUUUUUAAAUUUUAAUAGUUGAUUAUGAUACUGGUGUUUGUAGAUGAUGAUGGUGAUAUUGGUAAUGUAAAACUUUGGUUUAUCGUAUCUUACAGAUUGUAAGUGUGAUUUCCGUUUAUCUCGUGGUUUGAUUGGCAGUGUAUGUUGAUUUCAGAAUUAGGUUUCCAAUCAUAAUAUUUAUAAGAAAUUGGGUAA